AAUCAGGACUGACUCUGAUUUAGCGUGUUCCUAAAUCAGAGCACAGUGUUUGCACAGUAUUUCCAUGUGCUUCUGCUUCCCCGAGUAAUGCCCCCCACCCACUCUACUGACCAUUUCUCUCUUGGCCAGAGAAUCCACAGCCUUUCUCGCGUGGGUUUGUAGGUGGCCAGGCUUUGCAUUUUCUCCUCUCUUUUCUUUCGGUAAUUCUCCUCUCCCCGUGGCUCUCUUUCUUCGCAUCUCAGGCAAACCCACGGCGGACUCCCCUCGUGGGCAGAGAAUCUCCAGCCUUUCUCACGUGGGUUUGCAGGUCUCCAGGCUUUGCAUUUUCUCCUCUCUUUUCUUUCGGCAAUUCUCCUCUUCCCAUCGGUCUCCUCUUCGCAUCUCAGCCAAACCCACGGUGGCCUCCCCUCUUGCCCAGAGAAUCUCCAACCUUACGCGCGUGUGCUUGCAGCCAAACCCACGGCGGACUCCUCUUCUCGAGUUGAUGAGAAAUGCUUCAAGUAAAGGGCUGAUUGUGAGCAAUCGACGGAAGCUCCACAUUCGGUAUCAAUUUCGGCGAUACUACCAAAGUAAGGUCAUUUAUCGCCUUCGCCGAAGAGGUAACAGUCGGGAAAUUUACACAAGUCCUGCAUCCGUGUUUGGAUCUCUGCCUGCGGUGUCCUUCAUCUCCUCAUCAGACUCGAACACUGAAAAGAUGCCUAAGAAAAAUCCAGAUGAGAGGCCGUUGUAUUGGAGUCCUGCAGCAGAGGAGUUUCUACUUGAGCAACUAUACGAAUACAAUGACAUAAACCACGGGAAGCUACUAGGGAAUCAUGACUAUAACCAAUGGGCUGCUCGGAUGGCCACCUUUUUCGAUGGAUAUGUACCCGACGGUGAACGUUUGAGGGAGAAACGACGCCGACUUGGCAACCUUUACUCAGCGUAUAAAACGCUGCAAGACCAUACUGGAGUAGGGUGGGAUCCUAUCAGUAAAACUUUUACAUGCUCGGAGGAACUACGGACAUCUCUUUGCAAGGAUACAGCCCGAAAAUGAGGAAUGCGAUAGAACGGCCUCUGCAAGGCGUCGAUGGAGAUUUAAGGCCCCAAUAGGCGUUGUCACGGCUGCAGCCGCUUACUUGGCUACUGACAUUGUAAGAAGGCCAAUGCACAAUUCGGCAUUAAGGGGCAUGGACAAGGUAAAUGAGCUGUUAGCAAACAGCAAUGAGAAUGCAAUGUUCAACAAAGUGCGUAUGGGACCACGUGAUUUUAUGAUACUAUGUGAAAUGCUAACUGAUAAAGGGUUGCUACUGUUGGGAAUAGUAUCCUAGAAGCAUGAGAUGUAAUAUGAUAUUUAUUAUUUAAUUAAUAAAAGAGUU